AUAAAAUAUAUUAUAUGUAUCAAACUUUAUGGCAUUUAAUUGUAACUUUUGUUUUAAUCCCGAAAGUGAGGCUAAAUCAAAAAGUAAAAUGAUAGAUAAGUUAAUAAAAAAAGAUAAUAAAGAGUAUAAGCGGCAAAUAAAAUUGCUUCUUUUAGGCCCAGGAGAAAGUGGUAAAAGUACAUUUAUGAAGCAGAUGAAGAUUAUUAAUGGAAUUGAAUUUAAUACUAAAGAUAUCGAUGAAUAUAGAUCAACAAUAUAUCAUAAUAUUAUUAAAGGUGCAAAGUUGUUUUUAGAUCUUAGAAGAAAGUUAAAUAUUCCAUGGGAACAUAAAAUGAAUGAAGUUAGUUCUCAGACAAUUCUUAAUUUUGAUAAUUUAGUUGAUAUAAAUGAAGAAAUGUUUGUAAAUUUGAUUAUUAUCAUCAAAAAAAUAUGGCAAGAUAAUGCCAUUAUGCAUAUUUUUGAAUACAAGACUCAAUAUCAAAUGAAUGAUGGAAUAGUAUACUUCAUGGAAAAUUUAGACAGGAUCGCAAGACAUGGUUACGUUCCGACCAACGAUGAUAUAUUGCAUUGUCGAAAAGCAACAAAAUGUAUCGUAGAACACGUGAUAGACAUCCACGGACACCCUUUUAGAUUCGUGGAUGUAGGAGGCCAACGAUCUCAAAGACAAAAAUGGGUGCAAUGUUUUGAAGGUGUCACGUCCAUCAUAUUCAUCAUAGAUUCUUCUUCCAUUUUUCAAUCGGCUCUUAUCGGCGAUAAUAAUAAUGGCGACUCUUGCCCAAUCACAAACGUUAAACAACUAGAAAAAACGAAUAAUGACGUGAACCAAGUUCCGAAAAGCUUCGAUGGCCAUAAAAGGACCAGUUAUAGCGGCAACUUGCCGUUGAGCAAAAUGGACGAAGCCCGAGCCAUAUUCGAGACCAUCGUCAACAAUCGUUUCUUCAGCUCCGUUUCGAUCAUCCUAUUCCUCAACAAAACCGACCUGCUGAAGCGGAACAUACUUUUGCAGCAGAACCAAGUCUCCUCUGCCAGCGCCGAUAAACUCAUUAAUAACGACCAUCUUGAUAACGGUCAUGUUGGUAACGGCGCUAUUAUCGCUGGUGGCGAUAGCGUCGAGGAACGAUGUGAUCAGGAGACCGAGGGCCGAUUGAGAAAUAUUCAGAAAUCCAUACUGGACUCCUUUCUCAGCGUCAGGAGGGACAAGGAGAGACCACUGUUUCAUCAUCACACCACCGCUAUAGAUACACACAAUAUCGAACGAGUGUUUAACGCCGUUAAGAAUACGAUUCUCGAUAAAAAUUUGAAGAAUCUUCUCCUAGCUUGAAAAAAAUAAUCAUUUUAAGUUAUUACAUUUAAAAAAAAGUAUUAAUCAAUUUGUUUUCUCUCAUAUUUAUUUUUUUUUUAAGCUCAUCCUAUUUUUUAUACAUUAUAUUAUUUAUAUAAGCCCUAAUAGGAAUUAUACUUUUUUUAAAAAAAAUAUUUUCUUUAACAUUUUGUCGCGGUAUUAUUUUUUUCAAAAAAAAAUUCCAAUAUUUUAGCUAAAAAAUAUCACGAAAGCCUGGAGAUUUUGCUAGUGGAUGGCAGAAAGGUUUGGACAUCUGUUAACGAUAUCUUGGCGCAUGCGUGAUAUUAUUUUGGGAUAAAAUCUAGAUUUAAAAAUCGGUUAAAAUUGUGCCGUUUUAACAACACUGGCUUUUAAUCAAUUUUUGUGGUAUUGCCAAAUGAUGAGAGAAAAAUAAUAUAUAAAUGCAAAAACACAAAUUAAUAAAAUUUAUCCACUAGAAAAAAAUUAAAAAAUUUAUUUUCCAUCCGUGAAUAAAAUCUGUGGAUAUUUUCUUUCUUUCUUUAUUUCGUCGGCCUAGAAUUGGAGUGCUCCACUUACGCAAAUGUUUAAAAUGAGAAAAAUCAACAUUGAAAGUUUUAAAUCAAAAAUAGGUAAUAGCUUAUUGAUCAAUUUUG